CUACUAAGAAUAUGUAACGAACUUGUCGCCUCAAAAUCUAUCCCAUUGUCAAGCAUCAAGGAAAUAGUCAGACUUGGUCAAACUUCGGGUGGAGACGAAGUUCUUUCUAAAGAGUUUGUAAACUAUGUUCUUAAGGUCUUGGACAGUCUCGAAAGAAAUGAAAAAAAUUUAAUCCCUAGACGUGCUUUUAUUAUGAGAUGUCUUGAUAUUGUUCCUUUAGAAUCUCCCGUUCUUAUUCACAUUUAUAAAAACAUAUUUUCUCAAGACCCUUUCCCCUUGAUUGGUUCAAUCAUAAGUCGUAUUUUCUCAAAGGAAGAGGAAGAGAGUGAAGACGCGUUCUUCGAACUUUUCACAAACUUCAACCAGAUUUUAAGACGUUCUCCUCGCCUAGAUAUAAUUAACUUAUGCCUAAAAGCCCAAAGAGCCGACUCUCCUAUGGCUGCCCUGUGCUGUGAUAUUAUCCAAGAAAACUACUUUUCGGUACUUGAGAUGGCCGACAUGGUGAAUCACUUUAAUCCUGCUGCGAAAACAUUGAUUGCCACAGGUGUGCAACCUUUACAACAAAUCUCAGCAAUAGCCUUCCUCAAAGAAUUUGUCGGUCGAUUCUGGGAAACAACAAUUAACGAAGAAAAUUUUACACACCCAAUCACGUUAAAUCGAAUGAUGGAAGUUGGGCAAGUCGAUGGCCAUGCAAUUAUUGAACAAAUUAAUGACUAUAUGGAAAAAGAUCAUCCACUCGUUCAUUCCCUCAAGAUUUACUUCCUUCGGGAUUUGCGUGCUAGAGAUUUUUCGAUCGAUGAU